CCCGUUCUGCGUCUGCUCUUUCACAUCCUCACCGUUUUGUCUAGUGUUCUCCUAGCAGACACUGCAGAUUCUUUAAACCCGCGCUUCUCUCCCUGCUCCCUGCUUCCUGAUUUUACCCGCAACCAUGGCCGAUCCGCUUCUCUUUGAAGACACCUUCACCAUCACCGGGAUCAAUUCGCAGAAAUACGAUCGCGUCUCCCGUCUGACAUGCACGUCCACUGACUCAUUGACAACUUUUACUCUCGAUGUCAAUACAGAGCUCUACCCCUGCUCUGUGGGAGAGUCUGUCUCCAUGGCCCUCGCGUCGACGCUUUCGCUCGACGGCAAGGAAGACACCGGGGCGAGAACUAGCUGGAGGGAAGUUGGGAUAGGCGAGCAGACUCUCGCGAAUGAUUACGACUACGUCUGUCAUGGGAAGAUCUAUCGGUUUGAGGAGGGUUCUACUACGGGAAAUAUGGCUGUCUUCAUCUCCUUUGGUGGAUUGCUGCUUUAUCUUGAGGGCCCCUACAAGAAGCUCGCACCGUUGAGGAUUGAUUACGUUUACUUGCUUCUUAAGAAAUGAGUGAUAUACAUUGCUCUGCUCUUCCUAAUCUCGGGGAUUCUUUUUUUCAUUCUGGAACCAGUCAUAACGGUCUCCGUUUCAUCUAAAAAGUGCGGUUGUAUAUGUUGAAUUUCUUUCGGGUGCAGCGUCGGCGUUCGAACGGUAUUGGGUAUCGAAUAAUAGAUUAUCAAAAAAUACAGCCAUGCAUAUGAUAUGAUAUAUACACAU